AUGUCCGCACCGGGGAUCUCAGUAGCUGAUGAUAUCCAGAUUAUGGAUGGAGUGCUGCUUCAUCGGUAUCUAAAGCAGACAGCCCACUCUGCCGACAUGAUGUUAGUUCCCAUGGUGGCAAAGAAGCAAGAUAUCUGGAUCCAGUCCUUCCAGAGGCAUGUUCUGAUGCAAGACGCUGCCUGUGCCGCCUGUGUUUCUCGCUCCUUCCUAGGCUACUGGAGAUGCUACCCCAAUCUCACCUUCACCAAUGAAACAAUGUGCCCUAAAGAAAAUCUAAAGACAGCGGGAUCAAAUGUUAUAAGAGACUACAACAACCAAAUCGACCGUGUUCUGACGAACCGCUCGAGCGCUGAUGGUGUGGCGAAACUCAAGCUUGACUACCAUGUUCCUCCUGAUGGCGCUGAAUCGGGAGGAAUUAGGGUGCCUUCUGUCCAGUUCCAUUGCUUUGGAGCACCUGAAGCUUGUGAACGGGUGCAAGUCUCAUUUGGAGAGUCGAAAGUGAAGAAAGUGGAGUUGGUGCAGAGCCGUGCCAUCAGUUAUGCUACUGACAACCUUCCUUCACGUGUGCCGAAUCUCGAGACUCUUACCAUAUGUUCUACUUGUGAGAUAGUCAAUUCUCCAAUGGCAUCCGGCAAAUUCCUCCACCUCAAGUUCUUGAGUAUUCUUCUUAUGAGUGGAUCUAAUUUUGACAAGGACUACGAUUAUUUAUCGUUGGUUCCUGUUUUCCAAGCAUCUCCUUCCCUGGAGACAUUUCGCUUGUUUGUAUGGGAACACUCCAUGUAUCACUGGUUUGAGGGAGAUCCUGCCUCUCUUAGGCGACUGCCACAACACUGCCAUGGGAACCUCAAGAGUGUGAAGAUCAUUGGUUUCUUCCCCCAAAAGAGAAUGAUUGAGCUGGCAUGCCAUCUUCUCGAGAAUGCAACAUCACUUGAGUCCCUUACAGUGGAUGCUAGUCCUGCUAAUUACCGGUGUUCUGGCAAGGGCAGGAAAUGCUGUCCCCUGAAAGCUACAGCUAUAGUGAAGGCACGUAAAUCAAUCUUGGCUGUGAAAAAAUACAUCAAGGGGAAUGUUCCCUCUACAGUCAAGUUAAAUGUUCCGAAGCCUUGCCAACGAUGCCAUCGCUUUUAGUAAUUCAGGUGUCAAAUCACUGUAGCUAUCCGGUACUAUUGAAUGGUGAUAUGUUUUAGUUGUCUUGUG